UUGGGAGGCGCGCUCGGCGUGACACGCUUUACGGUGUGAGCAGUUCUUUAAUGCCGACAAGAACUGAGUUAGAUUGCUGUACAGUUUUCUGGUGCCUGGGAAGCAGCAGCUCCGUCUGUCCGCUAGCUUGCUCGUAAGAGUUUAUUAAGAGAAUGUAGUUAGCUGACAUUGCUUUGUUCGGGUGACGUUACAUAGUUGCAAGUGACGCGAAAAUGGACCAAGGAUCCUGGCUAAGCUGUGAGAAGACCGCUAUCUUGCAGGGUGGAUUUCUGUUGGCCAGUCAGUUAUGUCAGCCGGAGCCGUUCUCUGCUUUAAGGAAGGAGGACUGGGGGCGUGUUGGAGGUCCUGUUGUGCAGGCAGUCGCUGAGAUAUGUGGACAGUUUUGUGUAGGCAACCAGGACGGGCUUCAGUGGAGAAAGAGGAUUCUGUGUAUUAUAUGGAACAAGAUUUUGGAGAUGGAGAGGAUGGAGGACAUUGACCGCAGUUGGAUGGAAAACCCACUGUUUGCUGUUCAAAACAGCCUCCCUUCUAUCAACCACACAGUGUUGUUUGAGUUGGUCAAAUCGCUGGGCUUCUCCACAACCUAUGUUGAGCUGCUGCUCUGCUUUCAGGAAGCUGAGCAGUGCAGAGAACUGGAAAGGCUGGCGAGAUACGUCACGGUGGAGAGCACGGACGCGGACGUGAAGCUCCUGCUGGACGUGUGCUGGGAGCUCCUGAGGGGGAGGCAGAAAGAGGAGGACAGCCUGGACCGGCUCUUUACUGCCCAGCUUGUCCGCGUCAGCCAGAACCUCGCUGGCUGCACUACGCAGGCAUCUAAACGUUUUAAACCCGACCCGGAAUCGUCCGCGUCCGCCGCAUGCAAGGUGUCCAUCCUGUUCCAAGGACUGAAUGACAUAAAAGAGUACGUGACGUCUACGGCGCUGUGUCAUUUUGCUCUGUCCAAUUGUCUGGACAUGCUGUAUACUUCCUAUCUGUUAGACCACGCAACUGACCUCCCAGUGGAGGUGAAACUACGGAACAUUGUCUGGCUAGUGAGCCUGCAGAGGAAAACUAACCUGGUGGAGGGAAAUGACCUUAUUCAGGCCAUCCGUGAGUGCCACCGAGAUCUUGCUGCCACUUUCUCUCCCGCUCGGAGCAAGCCAUCCGGAAUGACGUCUAUCCAAGCCAUGCAGAUGACACUUGGAAUAAUACGUACGUGGGAAGAGAGGGGAUUAUUGAGGGAGCCCACCAGUGAGCCCAGUGUCUUGGCAGUACGCUGCAAAGACAGCAUUUGCAGAGUUCUUAAGUCUUUAGAGCAACUGAUGACGUCUGAAAGCCUGGAAGAUGAGCAGUCGGUAAAUAGUUUGAAAGGAGUUUUGAAAGAUUUGCUUGCGUCUUUAUCUUUUACUGUGCCUGAAGGUCCCUCAGCUGAAAUGGAGUGUAUAGUCACGGCCAUUAUUGACAACAACAUACAGGGGUUCCAGGAGCUUCCUAAACUUUAUGCGUCCAAACUGAGCCUCACUUUCAGUGAGACGGAGUGGCUGAGCUGCUUGGAGAGAAACAAAGGUGCAUUUCAGCAGAAAGACCUUGUUAUGACAUUGGUGUCUACUCUUAUAGCCAAAUGCCAAAGCGAGGCCGACGUGAACCACUCUAAAAGGCUGAAGGAUGUUACCGUGGACGUAUUCUGCCGGCUGCCUUUAACCGACAAGAAUGUCAUUCUUUCUGAAGUUCUUGCCAUGUCACAAAGAGGUUUGCACGGCUGCCUGCCCAGUGCCGUGACCAAAGGCUACGAGGAGGAGCUCAACCUGGCCUUCAACUGCAUCGUGCAGGGAGGAGCGCAAGGCAGCCUGAGCUCGGCAAUCUCCGCCGUGGCUCGCGUCGCCUUCCAGAACCCCGAGGCCGCCAUGCGCCGGUGCUGCCGCGCGGCUGUGGUGAACGUCGGCGCCGACCGGCUCCUCGCUCGGAUCCUCCAGCAGCUUCCCGGCCUCAGGGGCUUGGCGGCAGGAACGGACGAGGCGAGGCGAGGCUGGAGUCUUCUGUGCGAAUGUCUGCGAGCCGCUGCAUGGAACAAGCUCUCUUCGCCCAAAGAGGAAGACCAGCUCCUCCGUUUCCUGUCGGCCCUGAUGGAGCCCAGCGCGGCUGACCAGACGGGAGAAAAGUGCAGCUUCCUCCUGCCGGAGGAGUGUGUGCGUGCCUUUGUCCUGCCUCACGUCACCUUGGGCCCUGGCGCCCGGAGCCUUGAGCUGUGCCUUCGGGUUCUGCAGGCUGCUCUGGCCCAUGCGAUCUCGGAGGACGCCGCUCCCUGGAUAAUAAACUGUUCCCCCUUCCCUCUACUAUACUGUCUCUCUCAGCUCCUGAAUAACUGCAGCAGGUGCUGGGAGCAGCCUUUGCAAGGUGACCCAGGUGUGUCCAUCGAAACGAAAGAACUCCUCAUCUCUAUUUUGAUUACGCUGGGAAAGGCAGUCGGCAAGCAAGUGGCUCUUGCUCCUGGAACGUGGUCCAGAGCUCUCUCUUGGCUCUAUGGGAAAGUGGAGCAACUGGACUGGACCAUCAGGUUUCAUAUGAAGGAAGUGUGGGGAGAACAUUUCAAGUAUGAAGUGCCCAGCUCCCUCAUGGCUGUGUGCGAGCUUUCGGAGCAGGAGUGGUCUGGCUUGGAGUUGCCCCAGUACGGCCAAGGCACGGGGCUGCUGGCGUGGGUGGAGUGCUGCUGCUUGUCGGACCGCGUUCGGGAAACGAUGAUGGGCGCCCUGUCCCUAAACCUGCGUGACCCGGAGGAGGUGAACAUGUUCAGCAAAGGUUUGCUGGUGGCGCUGUCUCAGACCCUGCCCUGGUGUGCUGUCUCUGAGUGGGAGAGGCUGCUGACAGUGCUCCGCGAACUCCUGCGCUCUGAGAAGCUCCACGUGCCGUACUCCCUGGAGUACGUGGACUUCCUCCCGUUCCUGGACCUGCGCCCGUUUGCGUGUGACCUGCGCCUCUCGGUGUUGAUGCUGCGCGUGUUCCAGCUGCUGUGCGGCUUCAGUUGCGAAGGCUGGCUGCCGCCGCGUGGCUGGGCGCACGUGAGCCGGCUCUACGCUGCCGCCCUGAGGGUUGUCACGGACUCUGUGAAGGACGUGCUGCCCCUCCCGUCCGCCGCGAGCCCCGGGGCGGGUGGCGCGCCUCUCAACCGGGAGGUCCUGUUCGUGCUGACUCAGCUGUACUGCCACACGCUGCACGUCCAGGUGAUGAUGCCCGGAGAGGCGGAGCCCCUGUUCCUGCGUGCGUUGGAAAUCCUGUCCCACUACGAGGCCGUUCUGGCUGCGUAUCCCAAGAGCAGCACUCCCUUACAGGCGGCCAAUACACGCCACUUUCUCACCACUAUCACAGACAACCUGCAGUGUGCAGAAACGAGAGCUGUCCUGCAGCAGAAGAUCGCUCAGCUGGGAGACUGAGCCUGGCAACAAGACAUCAGUCACAAUUACAUUUAUUUACACUUUUUCAUUUCACAGAAUAAAAUGAGAUUCACACAGCA